AUCCACGGUGAUUCCCAGUACGCAUGCGCACGGUAAGCCGAGGCUCGCGCAGCUCUUAGCUUUAUUCACUUGAGUCUGUUAGCAACAACGUCGUGUAAGGUCAAAAAAUGUCAUCAAGUGACUUUUAUUUAAGAUAUUAUGUCGGACACAAGGGGAAGUUUGGACACGAGUUUCUGGAAUUUGAGUUCAGACCCGACGGUAAACUGAGGUACGCAAACAACAGCAACUACAAGAAUGACGUGAUGAUCAGGAAAGAGGCCUACGUACACAAAAGUGUGAUGGAGGAGCUGAAACGGAUCAUUGAUGACAGCGAAAUCACAAAGGAGGACGAUGCACUGUGGCCUCCACCUGAUAGAGUUGGAAGACAGGAGUUGGAGAUUGUGAUUGGUGACGAGCACAUUUCAUUCACAACUUCCAAAAUUGGCUCUCUGAUUGAUGUCAACCAGUCAAAGGACCCAGAAGGGCUUCGUGUGUUCUACUACCUGGUCCAGGAUCUGAAAUGUCUCGUCUUCAGUCUGAUCGGCCUACACUUCAAGAUCAAGCCUAUCUAAAAUAUGGAGAUCAAAAUAUUCCAGUUGCUUUAUCUCCGGUUCUUUUGUACUAUCACAUUUGUACAUUUGCUUUUGGUGGAAUUGUUGUUUUAAAUAAACCAGGAAUAAAAAAAAUUAA